AUGACAACCCCAACCACCCGCCGCCUGAUCGUGACAGGCGCAACGGGCAAACAAGGCGGCGCUCUCAUCUCCGCCCUCCUCUCCAAACCCAAACAACCCUUGGAGAUCUACGCUGUAACCCGCAACAAAACCUCCCCCAGCGCCCAACGCCUAGCAGCCAAACCCAACGUCACCCUCAUCGAGGGAAACUUCUCUGACCCGGAAGCCAUCUUUCGCCAGGUCAAGGACCCAUGGGGUAUCUUCAGCGUCACGAUGCCGAUGGACCAUGUCAAGGAAGAGAAAGAAGGGAAAGCCGUGACGGCUGCGGCUGUCAAGGCCGGUGUGAAGCAUAUCGUUUUCACGGGCACGGAUAGAGGAAAGAACUCCGAGACGGAUGAGACGACCGUGCCGCAUUUCGCGAGCAAGUUCCAUAUCGAGAAGGAUAUCGAGGAGAAAGCGAAGAAGAGUGGUGGGAAGUUGACGUAUACUUUCCUUCGCCCAGUGGCUUUUCUCGACAAUAUGACCAACGACUUCAUGGGCAAGGCGUUCGUGUCGAUGUGGAAAUUGAACGGGGUGGACAACAAGCUGCAGAUGAUUGCGACGAGUGAUAUUGGCAAGGUCGCUGCGGAGGCAUUUCUGAAUGCCGAGAGUGAUGAGUACAAGAACAAGGCUGUGCCUUUGGCCGGGGAUGACUUCACUCCUAGGGAGGCGGCGAAGGUGUUCAAGGAGGUGACGGGACAGGAGUUGCCGACGACAUUCAGCUUUGUUGGGGUUGUGCUGAAGUGGUUGCUGCAUAAGCAGUUGGGCUUGAUGUUCAAUUGGUUCAAGAGUGAUGGGUUCACUGUCGAGAUUCCUGAGCUGAGGAGGAAGUAUCCUUACCUCAAGGACUUCAGGACUUGGGUGGAGACGGAGAGCGCUUGGGCGAAGAAGAGUCAGUAG